UAUGGGGAAGGCAGCACCGAGCGGCACAGGGCACAGGCGCACAGCAGGGCAGGGAACUCGCUGCCCCGCCAUGGCUCGGGGCACCUCGGGGAUGAUGUGGGACAGCAUGGAGGGAGCCCUGGUUGUCCUCUGUGUCCUGCUGCUGUGCUGCAGCCCUCCGCUGGCUGGCUGCCACCAGGUGACCCUCUUCCCAGCCAUGUUAACUCGUCCUGUGGGCAGCUCGGCCACUUUCAUCUGCAACAUCUCCAUGGAGAACUCCAGCUUGGAGUUCAACCUCAACUGGUACCAGAAGACCAACAACAGCAGUCCCCAAAAAAUUGCCGGGAUCAUCCGAAACAUCCCUCAGAAAAAGAUGGAGAAGUAUCAGCUCUUCAAUGACACUCCUGUAUUCAAGAUGGAGAUCCUGAAUCUCCAUCAGAAUGACUCAGGCUUCUACUACUGUGGACUGAUCACCUUCUCCCGCUCUGACAAAGUGGUGGAGAGCAACCAUUCCCAGCUGGUAGUGACAGAAGCCUCUGAGAAGCCAAACACAACUGAGAAACCCAGUGAGGAGGAAAGCAGCCCCCCAGACCACAUCAAGGCCGUGCUGCUGGGCACCUUGCUGCUGGCUGGUGUGAUUGUGCUGCUGCUCUUUGGCUACAUCAUCAUCAACAACCGGAGAGCAGAUGUGCGGAAAUCAUCGAGUGGAAACACUCUGGCGGAGGAGGUGAAGCCACCUGUGGUGUCUGUGUCCACUGUGGACUAUGGGGUGCUGGAGUUCCAGAAGGACCCACGCAGCCAGGUGCCCCCCGAGACCUGCCCAGCCGAGCAGACUGAGUAUGCUACUAUUGUCUUCCCUGAGGAGAAACCCGUCACACCAGAGCGAGGAAAGAGGCACAAGGAUGAGAGGACGUGGCAGCUGCCCUCACAGCCCUGCUGAGGGCCAUCUAUGUGCAAGGACUGGAGUGAUGGAGCAAAUAUGAGCUUCAGUGCUGGAACUUGUGUUGGACAGUGCUGGCUGUGCUGGUGACAUGGAAUGAGCACCAAGGAACAAGAACUUGUCCCUGCUGGAUCCUGGUGCUGUGCUUUGGGCAUCUGCUCAGUUUUUACCUUCACUUGGGGUUUCUGCAUUGGCCGUGCCACAUCUAAUGCUGCUGGCAAAGCAUGGCUUUGGGAGAGAGCCCCAGGGUGAGGAUAGAUGUGGUGCUGGAGAAUGUCCACACACUGAGGUCUUGUCCCAGCACAGGGCCUCCUGCAUGCACUGCUAUUUAAUGGACUGCUGGGAAGCAGAAAGUUUCUUUCCUUUCUUCAUCAGGCACUUUUCUCCUCCUCUGUGGGGAUGAAGGACACUGCCAGGCAUCCUGGGAAACCCUGGGAUGGGGAUGCUGUGCCUGGGAGGAGCCAGAUCCGGCCAUGGGGAUGAAUAAAGGGUUUGACACCAAGGCUGUUUGUUGACUGCUGAUGGCACGUGCGUGGGCAGGCAAAUAACGGCUCCUGGCAGCUGGUAGUGUGGGUGUCUGUUGUGGUUCCAGGGCUUUGCUGCUUGAUAAGCGAGCUGCUCUUCCACAGAGCUGCUCUUAAUAACUCAGAAAUCAUAAUGCUCCGCAGACCCAGCUACAGAGCAGCCCCCCUUGGCUGGUCUCAUUAGGGCAUGCUGUCUGCUCAGCUGGGGACAAGUGGCUCCGAGGUGCUGGCUGCAGCCAUGCAGCAGUGCUUGUGCCCCAGCUGUGAAGCUGUCUGGCUCUGAACUUACUUUUCUCCUCUUGAAAGCAAAUGCCAGGGAUGUGCAGCCCAAUAUACAGCAUACGGAAACUGAAAGAGAAAGCAGCAACGAUUGCUAAAGGCUGGAGAAACUCUAAUAAAGAGCAGGCUUGGAGGCAGCAGAGUCCUGGUGGGAGACCACGAAACCCUGCGGAAGCAAAGUCAUCAUUUGCAUCUCACACCUCAGUGGCAUCGUCAGCAGCUUUCUGUUUCUGUUGCACCAAACAACUCACACAGCCUUGAGAGGGGCUGCUCAGGCACGGGGAGGAGGGUGCAGGCACUAUGAUCAAUACCUUGUUAGAGCUGUGAUGUCAAUCAGAAGCAUCCAGAGCAGAUCACAUCAGGCAAACACCCAUCCAGGAAGGCUUCUAUCCCUUCUUAGGGCAGGAUGGUGGAGCUGGUAGCCAUACUUAUUCUCCCCUAGGCUCCACAGGGCAGUGUGCAGCUCACACCACACUUACUCACACUGACAUGCAGCUCAGCUUCUAUGGGCUUGUUGCAAGGAGCAGCAUCAUGCCACGACUCCAACAGCAUGAUGGUUGGGAAAGGAGUCAGCCACAGCAAGCAAGAAGCAGGAGUUCAGUCAGCAGUUUUGGUUCUGCCUUUCCUGUAAGGUACAGUGCAAGCAGGAUGGUGAGACUGCUUCAUUUUUCCCUCCUGCCUUCUGGGGCAGUGGGUGUCAGUAGUGCUGUGAAGCUAUGCUCCAGGCAUCAUCUUCCAUCCUCGUUAGCAGGGCAGAGCACUGCUAGCCCAACAGGACUGGCCUUCUAUAGCUGCUGCUCAUUGUUAAAAGAAUUUAAGGCAUGAUACAGGUUUCUGAUCCCUAGCUGAGCAUCCCUAGAGCACACAGUGACCUUAAAAUGGGUAUCAUAUCAUCCCAUAAACCAG